UUGCCCCUUUAUAAUAUAAACAUCUUCUUUGAUUUUUGUCAAUUGAAACUUCAAAGUGUUACGGUGUUGUUUUAUGUUGUUCCUCUAGUAUAUCUUAUACAUUGUCCCUCUAGUAUAUCUUAUACAUUGUCCCUCUAGUAUAUCUUAUACAUUGUCCCUCUAGUAUAUCUUAUACAUUGUCCCUCUAGUAUAUCUUAUACAUUGUUCAUUAUACAAUUGCUUAUGUUGUUCGUGUAUUACUAUGUUUCACGUUACAUCAAGUAUAUCGAUUACCAAAUACAAAUAAUGGAAUUAUUUCCACUGUGUGUUAUUAUUCAUUUAAACUGAAAAUGAUUAGGAAGACGCUUUAGAUUGAAAUGAACUGGAAACUAGUUAGGUUUAUCUUCUUCAAGCUACCAACUCACCAGACUUCAAGAUAUUUUAAUAGAGGAAAUGUACUGCCAUCAUUGUGGUCCCAUUUCCUAUCCAAAGAAGGACAUGCAAAGACAUCCAAUGAUAAGACAAGUGAUGAUCACAUGACCGUUAGACAAAUGAGAGAUGUUCUUCUCCAGUCCAAAUUGAAGAGAAAGUCUAUUGGAAGUAAAGACAUUCUGCCUGAGAAUCUGGCAACAGAUUUUGUUUCAUUUUAUAAAAAGAUUGAGACUAAAGUUGAAAAAUUAAAAUUGUUCAAUUUGUUGGCUCGGGAUUUUGGCAUCGAUCAUCAAUUGAUUGCAGACAUAGCAGAAAACUUGAAAAGCACAAAGGUUAAUCAUGAUAUCAAUUCCUGUUUGGAACUUGAAGAACAACUGCAGAAUUCCUUAGAACCUCCAUCAAUAGUUUUACUAUCAUACAUCGGUCAUCUUGAAGGGGGCGUCAAGUUUAUUGUUGAUUUGAGAAGUGAUCUUUUGGAAUUAUUGUCGGAUCGUGACGUACGUGGGAAGGGAGCGGAGUUGAAUGGACUCAAUCAAAGUAUUCGUCAUUUGUUGUCAAUGUGGUUCUCUGUUGGUUUUCUUAAGUUGGAGAGAAUAACAUGGCAGUCACCCUGUGAUAUAACUGAAAAGGUAGGCAACUAUGAAGCUGUGCACCAAGUACGUAACUGGAUGGAUAUGAAGAAACGCAUUGGGCCGUACAGACGCUGUUAUGUCUUUAUGCAUCCCAGUAUGCCUCGCGAACCCGUUUGUGUUCUACAUAUUGCUCUGAGGGAUGAGAUCCCUUCUGAUAUCAAGACAAUUUUGAGUGAAGAUGUUCCCAAUCAUGAAGAGGACAUCGAGAGGAAAACCACAGCUGUCUUUUAUUCUGUCUCUUCAACUCAAAAGGGUUUGGCAGAAAUUGAUCUUGGCAACUCGCUCAUAAAAGAGGCUGUUAAGGAAUUGAGACACGACGCUCCUGAUGUCAGCACUUUUGUGACAUUGUCUCCGAUUCCUGGCUUCUACAGAUGGUUUCAAAGUGGAAUGUUUCAGAAUUCCGAAUCAUCAUUAAUCUCACGGAUCAUGGAUCAUGAGAGCCUUACAACAGAAGAUAAACUGACGUUGGAACAGUUUGUAAAGCCACCGUUUGAUCUUAAUUUCAAAAAUUUUAUCGAUUCACCAUUCUGGCUGCGUAACAACAAAAUAGGUGAAUUGUUGAAGGUGCCACUCAUGGAAAUAUGUGCUGAUUACCUCUACAAUGAAAAGAAACAAGGAUUUGCAUACGAUCCUGUUGCGAACUUUCAUCUCAGAAACGGAGCCGUCUUGUGGAGAUUGAACUGGAAAGCUGACGUCAGUAGGAAUGGAGCUUUGAGUUCGCUAGGCAUGAUGGUAAAUUAUAAAUACGAACUGAAUGACCUUGAUGAAAAUACGAGGCAAUAUUUUCUGCGCGGCACGGUACCAGUGUCAGCGGAAUUUCUCAAACAUUUACCACAAUAGUAAUCGCUGUGAAUCAAUUAAGAAUGAUAAAUAGGGUUUGGUUCAAAACCAAUUACGAAUGAAACAUCGCAUCCCAUCGUCACAAUGA